CUUCUUCUUCAUUUUCUUGUUUGUUUUGUAAUUACAUAAUAGAUUAUAAAGCUACAGCUGUAUACAAAUAUGAGAUCUCAUUCAAAAAUUAGCAAUAAAGAUGUUCAAAGUUUACUUUACACCUUUGUCGAUAACCAACGUAUUCAGCUUAUGUCUAUCCUUGGUAUUGGUGCUUAUGGAGUUGUCUACUUGGGACAAAGCAAAGAUGAUAACCGAUACUAUGCCGUUAAGCUCUUAGCAACUCAACACAAUGCCAUUUGUCGAGAGGCCGAGAUUCAUGCCUAUCUCUCUGGCCAUCCAAAUAUCUUGACGUUUGAAAAAAUUGUCCAGCAAGGAAAGAAUCCUACUCGAACCUUCUUAAUCCUUGAAUAUAUACCUGAAGGUGAUUUGUUUGUAGCUAUCACGAGAAACAAAGGAAAUAUAAUGGGUAAUAAUGACUUGAUUCGAUCUAUCUUUCUUCAGAUUAUUGAUGCCGUGGAAUUUUGUCAUCAAAAUAAUAUUGCACAUCGUGACUUGAAGCCUGAAAAUAUUAUGCUAGGGGAUGACUUUAAAGUAAAACUAGCUGAUUUUGGGUUAGCAACGAUGAAUGCUGUUUCGAUGGAAUAUGGAUGUGGAUCCAGCUUUUAUUUUUCACCAGAAUGUCAGGGAGCAUCUGUAUUAGCCCAGAAUCACACUACAAGAGGCUAUAGUACACAGAAAAAUGAUAUUUGGAGUUUAGGAAUUAUCCUUAUUAAUUUAACAACAGGAAGGAACCCUUGGAGACAAGCAACAAUGAAUAACUCAACAUUUGCCACUUAUGUACGCAACCCAGAUCAAUUCUUUCGAACGAUCUUACCCAAUAUCUCGAAGGAACUUGAAUGGAUUUUACUACGUAUCUUUAGUUUAAAUCCUGCUUAUCGUCUCUCUUUACCAGAAUUGCGUCUUUCUAUUCAAAACUGUUCAUCCUUUGUCAUAUCACAGCAACUCACUACUACUCUAAAGAAGAAGAUGAUGAUGAAGAGAAAGCCAGUGUGUUGUUACCAUACAAUAAUGACUUGCUCAGAUUCUAUAACAGAAACAAUGUUACAUUAUGUGAAUACCUUUACUGAUGAUCAUGAUAAUAUUAAGAUUUAACUUAUUUAUCCACAAUGAUGUCCAAAGAAAAAAAAAAAAGAAAAGAAGAAUCAUCCCCCUUCUCCUCUUCUAUAUCCUCCUUCUCUCCUUUUUUACGUUGUAAUUUAGAUAAAUAAAUAUAAAACCAUAAACAUGCAUUCAUAAACACAUGCCACGUUAUCACAUAUAAAGAUAUAUGAUGCCAUCUUAUUUAUGCAUUUUAACUUUUUCUCCUUUUAUGAAUGCAAC